AUGUCGUUACUUCAAGCGCCUCGAAGACAGCUCUUGGAACGCCUCCCUCGAGCUUGCGCGAUCAGUACCGAAUGUCAUUUCCAGCAACACCUCCAGCACCAACUUCAAUCGCCCUCGACACCCCGACGCCUCUUGUCAACGACUAUCACACGGUCGUAUGCCUCUCGCCGUCGCUCACCGGACAAUGAGACUAUCCAGCGCGUCAAGCGGCUGCAAGAGGCCAAGUUGGCAAAGGACCAGUCGCUCCAAGGCAUAAACAAGGCCGAGAAAGAGAAGGAGUAUAAGAAGCGGUACAAUUCGGCGGCGAGGAAGUGGACGGCGUCCAUAAUUGCGCUGCCGAUCUUGCUGGUGACGAGCUACUACUUGUUUGACCGAUUGGUUAAGGGGAAUAAGCAGAAGGAGAUGCCAAAGCAACCAGCCGCGUUGGGAGGAUUGCCAGAGCCACGGUGA